AUGGCUAGUGCUACAGUGGUCACCUUGCCUCAGAUGGUAGAUCUGGCCUUAAAUUCUCCAGAGGUCGGUAUAGUAAACUUCACAGUGCUGCAUUCUCUACUGCACGUGAUCGUGAAGCAACUGGACUUGGUAGACACCAACGUAGAAUUUAGAGGUAGCGACAGCGAACGCCUUCAGAGCUAUAUCGCCAACGCAAAACCCGGUCCACUGCUGACUCUCACAGAAUACACAGUGGGUGAGGAGGGGUCAGAAAAGGACGAAAAGAAGAAAGUUAAGAAAGGAAUUCAUGGAGCAGUCGUUGAAAAGGGGAAGACAGAUGAACAUCAAACCGAGAAAGAGGGCCCGGGACAUUCUGAAUCACAAAACAAAGUCAUCGUUGUUGAAUCUUCGAAAGAUAUCGCUGGAGGACCUACGGUGGUAGUGACGAAACACCACUUCGACAAACUGGAGGACGACGUCAAGAAAUUGCGCAAGAAAGUUAAGGAGCUCGCUGAGCUUCCCGCCAAUUCGGCUUUACUUGAAGUUCUUAGAGGAGAAAACCCUGAUAAAACUCCAGUCAUUGAAAUGUUCCAGAUAUUGAACCUUUCCAAACGUCUAGAUGCUGCAGAAGUCGGAAUGCAGAAAUUAGCUAGCUUAAUGGAGGACCUAGCCAAAAGGGGAUCAGUUAUAUCAGCUGGAGAUGUUGAGGAGUUCAGCGAAAAAGCCAAACAGGUACGGUCAAGUUUCGAGGACACCGCUCCAGCACUGACAGCUAGUACGCUCGCUAUCGAAAAGAGGUUGGAGAAAUUAGAGAAAGUUGUGUACGAGGGUCCCUUCGAUAAAAAAAGGUCAGACACAGAUGCAGACGCAUCAGACUCAGAUAAACCUCAAGCAGAAGCGAAAUCAAGUCCAACCAACAAACCGAGUCCGACUGGCAAAGCAAGUCCAACCCAAAGCGACAAAUUAAGCCCAGACAAAAAAACAUCUCAGAAGCCUAGUGCACAAAGUAGACCCUCUAAACCGCAUUCAGAUUCAGAUGAUGGCGGAGUAGAUGGCGAUGAAAAUGUGGGUAUGGCCACAAGCUCAAGUGUUGCAGCAUUACAGCAAGACCUAGCGAAACUUAAGAAAACAGUCAAUGCUAUGGUGGACGAUAUAGAUGGGAUAAAGAAAUUAUUGUCAAACAAUACGGAGGGUGAAAAUUUACCGCCGGAAUUGAGGCUGAAUCAGUUAGAAAACAAACUCAUCGACUGCCAGGACCAGCUUACUUCUUUGGAUCACAUGUUUUGCCGCCAGGUCGAAAUUCUGCAAAAGAGGAUAGUGGAUCUGGAGAAAGACGCUGGUGAAAUUGUAGAGAAAGUCAACUUGGGGUUGACCAAUGCGGAAACCUCUCAGCCCGAGGGACAAUCUGUUGGAGAACUGUACAAUAAAUUAUUGCAGACUCAAGAUGUGAUAACCACAGUGGGGGAAACUUGCCAAAAGCUCUUAGAGGACCGAGAGGAAAAACAACAUACUUUGGAGAUAAUGUUGGAGCAAAUAGAGUUACUCAAAACUGUCAAAGCAGAUAGGGAGGACUUAGAAGACGCGCUUGCAGAUAAAGCGGAUGCUUGUAUGGUGAACAGGAAGGUCUCUGUGGAACAAUUCGAUGCAGCCUGUGGAGACAUGAACAAAGCCAUUGAAGAUUCCUUGGGCAAACUUGCACAACAAGAAGAAUUAUGGGCACAAGCUCUGGAAGACAUUCAGAAAGAAAUUGGCAACAAAAUGGACAAAGUCGAACUGGUUCCACUACGAGACUAUAUAAAUAAAAAACUGAAAGGCUUGCAAGAAAAGUUUAAGUCACUAACAGCAUUGAGGAAGGAAAAUGAAGCUGCUGGAACAAAGAGUAAAAUAAUGAGAAAUGUGAACUGCAUUUCCUGCGACAAAGACGUUGUGAUGCGAAAAGAGAUUGACUCCAGUUUAUUCCCGAAGGCGUACGCUCUUCCCCCAACCAGAAAUAUGGCACCCUACCUGGCGUACGAGCUAGAUCAACUCAGGAAACAACAGAAACAUAUUCCUCCCAAGAAGGAUUUAAACAUGUUCGAAAACGCUUUGAAAACUGCCAAAUCCCCCAAAGGUCCUGAUCAUUUGUGUAAUCGUUACUGUGGCGGAAGCCAUACAGUGACCACUCCCCAACAAAGGGUCACGAGGUUGGGUCAUUUCUUGGAGCAAUGGGGCCCCGAGAUUGCUCCUGCCAAUGACACAAUGAUUCGUGGAAGUGAUGGUCACAUGUAUAAAGGAAGAGACGACAAAGUUGCAUUUGCGAUAGCUGAUACGAUGCCUCCCGCUACUAUACCAGAAGAAGUGCCAGCUAGUCCUAAGAAUGUCCUUCCAGGAUCUCUGUCUCAAGCUAAAGCCGAGGGUGAACCAAGUCAAACUGUAAAGAAGACGUCGCUUCGAAGUCCUCAAGCUAAAGGCGAGGGUGAACCAACUAAAAAUGAAAAUGAAACCAAACCAGCACCAAAUACUGAAGGAGAACCUGAACCACAGCGUAAAUCAAGAACGUCUGAGGAAAGGAGACGUUCAAUAACCAAGACACGGAAGAGAUCCAAAGGUUCUGUGAAAUAUUCGACAAGAAGCUCAGGUGAUAUAAGAGCAACAGAAAUUCCAGAGAGUACACUAAUUGAAGAACCUGCCCCAGACGUUGAAGCGGAGCAAUAUGCUGAUCCAGAGGCAUAG